UAGCACUAACCUCAAAUGGCUACCUAUUUAUUUUUAUUUUAAUCGUAAAUAUCCAAAAAUAUUUAUAUGGAGGUUUUGGUAAAGGUUGUUGAGCAGAUUCCUUUGGCUGCCAAUUAUAUUUUGCCACGAUCUCAUUGAAAGCGACUCAUCAUUGUCUUUAGAACUGAUUUGCAGCGCGACUGCUGGUUAGUGUAACUUGCAAGGAAAGAGCGUCCCGCACUGGCAGGGAGGAAGAAAUAUGGGCCUGCUCACCCAUAGAGUGGAGAGAAGUGAAAUCAAGCCAGGGGAUCACAUCUACACUUACAGAGCUGUAUUCACUUACUCUCAUCAUGGCAUCUUUGUUGGUGGAAACAAGGUGGUCCAUUUUACACCCAGGCGGAAUGCAGGUUCAAGCUCUGAUACAUCUUCUGAUUUUUAUGAUUCAACGUCAAGCAUUCCCUCGUCCUGUGAUAUUCCUGACUGCGGAUUCAGGCAACCAAAUAGUGGCGUAGCCCUUUCAUGCCUGGACUGCUUCCUUGGAAAAGGAUCCCUUUACUGCUUUGAAUAUGGGGUAACCCCCUCUGUCUUUCUAGCAAAAGUACGUGGAGGUACAUGCACCACUGCUGCUUCUGAUCCAUCAGAAACAGUUAUCCACCGAGCUAUGUAUCUUCUUCAAAAUGGAUUUGGUAAUUAUGACUUAUUGGGGAACAACUGUGAGGAUUUUGCUCUGUACUGCAAAACAGGUCUUCUGGUAAUGGAAAAGCAAGGGGUUGGAAGAAGUGGUCAAGCUUCUUCAGUCGUCGGUGCUCCAUUAGCUGCUCUUCUUUCGUCCCCUCUAAAGUUGCUAAUGCCAAGCCCUGUUGGUGUUGCAACAGUAACAGCUGGAAUGUACUGUAUGAGCAGAUAUGCUACAGAUAUAGGUGUUCGGAGUGACGUGAUCAAGGUUGCUGUGGAAGAUCUGGCUGCAGAACUUGGCUGGGCAGAUCAUCAGGCCUCACCCAGAUUAAUGGCUAGGUGAUAUUAAGUUCAUCUUUCCCAUGUGAUGGUAUUCACCUCGUGCUGCUGCUCAUAUAAAUCAAUAAGAAUUUGUCCAUGUAAACAAAGCUUCUGAAAGGAACUUCAUUGGUUUGUUUAUUUCAUUUUAAGAUGGAACGUAUUUGAUUAUGAUAGAUUGAUAAUUCCCU